GAUGGGAAGGCAGAGCUUUGGGACUAAUAAUGUUCAGAGGCACCUUUGCAGAUCUCAACAUGUAUUUUUACCUUAUUGUCUUGUCCUUGUUUUAUUCAGUUAAUUCUUUAACAGAAGUCAGUAUUAAAAACAACACAACAGUCAGUCCACCAAUUUCACAAAAUAUAUACAGUACUCCAGUGACACCACCACAUGUGCCUAAUGCAGAAGUCAGAGCUGUUUCAACACCUAUAAGUACUGAGGAACCAAUUCUGAAAACUGACAAGGAAAUCAAAUUAAACAUUAAACAUAGCCUGUUGGAAGCAUUGAAUAAGCCUUUAGUUUUAGGUAGUUCUUGUAUAAAUAGGACUGACUGCAGUGCACAGAACAACUCUGUUUGUCUCAAUGGAGUUUGCAAGUGUGACAAAGACUUUGUAGCAUCACCCAACAACAAGUCUUGUUUAUCAAAGGCUAAAGCACUAGGAGAUGAUUGCUGGGAGAAUGUUCAAUGUGACUCUAUAUAUGGAGUAAGCGGUCUGGCUGUUUGUGCUUCGUUUCAUUGUGUUUGCAGUCCUAAUGCUGUUCUUAAAAAUAAUAAAUGUUAUAAGAAAACAGUUUUAGGAAAAUCUUGCAGAGAAGAUAGUGAUUGUGUUUCAAUUCAAUAUUCCUUUUGCUAUCAACAAGUUUGUGCUUGUGAUCCAGAUUUUUUCCCUGACAUUACUGGAACUCAGUGUUUUCCAUUUUCAAGAGGAACCAGCAACAUGACUAAUAUAAAUUGCAAAGUUUCAAGUUUGGUUUGUAAAGUAUUAGGAGAGCACGCAUACUGCUCGAACGAUUCAUGUGUUUGCUAUCCAGGGUAUCAUCUUAAGGAGGGCUUCUGUGUAGAAGUAAAAAGUUUAGGUGAAUCCUGUGAAAAUAACAGUGAUUGCGAAGUAGAUAUGCAACCGAAUGAAAAACCAGGUGCAAGAGAAUGUAAAAACAAUAAAUGUGUAUGUGCCAAAGGUUACAAAGGAAUUCCAGAGAGCAACAUAUGCCAAAGUGGAUCAUCUAUCUUAAGUCAAAGUCUUCUUUUGAUAUUGAGCUGCUUAUUUUUCUUAUUGAAAUAAUAUAUACAAAUAUGUGUA